AUUAACGGGGGGGAAGGGGGGAGAGAAAGUAACAUCGAUCGUGUACGAUCUUGAGUAGCGGUAAACGGCAUACUUACACUCGUCGCCAGCUUUCCACGAUGUCGGAAAACAGCGAGCAUCCACCCGACGACACCGAAGCGGAGACAAAGGCGACGAAGGAUGUGCCCAACGAUUCGUCUAAGAGCGAGACGAAAUUAAUGAUGGACCAGACAGACGUUGCGCUGCUCGAGGAUGAGGAAAUGCCGACAUACAUCAGCGUUUCCAGCAUUUCCAGACGUGAUGACUCGACGACGGAGGUCGUGAACGCGAAACAGCCGGCGGAGAACGUGGCCAUGGAGGAGGAACAUAGCCGGAGCCCUUAUCACAGUGAUGAUCAAGCGCCGAGCAGCGUAUGCAUUUUGUCCUCCGAAGAAGAAACCGAUCAGCUUCCCUACAAUGAUGAGGAUGACGAUGAUGAAUAUGGAGAUAGCGAUGAUAUGGAAAAUUUGGAGCAUGACAACGAUUCGGAUCCAAAUCAUAUGAAGCACAUGUUGGAUGAAGAAGAAGAUGAUGAUGAUGAUGAUGAGGAGGAGGAGGAUGAGGAGGAAAUUUCUAGACGAAUGCAUAAUGACGAUGAAAUAUACGAUGACUAUUAUGACAGAGUGUCAGCUGAUGUUGUUUUAAAUAAGAGAACGUUGAAGAGACGUGACAAAGAAAAGAGUUCUUCUCUCCAAGAUUUGAGCAUCUACAGGAAUAAUAUGUAUACUGAUGCCAACAAGGGAAGGCAGGCAGCUUUGGUGAAGCGUAACUAUUUAAACAUUCCAUCAAACGUUGUAAUGCUUCCAGUGGUGCGCAAAAAUCAAGUAGUAAAAUUACACAAUGUGCAAAGUAAAGUUAAACUUUACAUACAAGAUAUAAAGGAGCAAAGUAGACGUUCUAUGGAGAAGCAUACGAAAGAGCGUGAGGAUGCGAUUCACGGUAAAAGUAACACUGAUAAAAACAGUGACACAGAGGAGACAAAGCCAGCAGUGACCAGUAGAACGAUAAAGAGUUAUGCUGAGAAAACAAUCAAGGAAUUAGAAUUGGCAGAAGCACGUGAGAAGGACAGAGCUACUUGUAAUGCUUCACCGUUAAUAUUAAAUGGCCGAGAUAAUAAGAAAAAUGAUUUAAAAUCGAUACAAGAGGAAGAUAAUAUAGGUGCACAGGUUGAAAUUCAAAUAGGUACAGCCCUUGAAUUAACGCAGGAUAAAAAAGAUGACGUAAACUCGGACGAUAAGAAGCAAAAUGGUAUAUCCGAAGUUAGUCUUACUGAAGGAGAAACUCGACAAUUUGGUGUUAACGUGCAGCCAUCUCAUGUUCAAAACGGUCAUCAAGGUGUAUCACCGGUAUUUUUCAAUGUGCACACUUUGACUUAUGAAGAAUAUAUGCGUGGUACCUCGAAAUCUAGUCAGAAGACUGAUUUAAACCAAAAUGCACAAGUCAUUGGACAAGAGCUUACUCAAUCUGAAACGUACAUUGAUGCGGAACCAAUGGAUGUGUCCAAGACAGAUGAUAAUGAUGAAGAAGUGUACUCCAUAAGGAUCGAGGAGAUUAAACACAUCGAUGUAAUGGAAAACGAAGGAAAAAGUAACGACGAGAAAACACUUGACAGGGUAAACGAAGCAUUUGGUAAAACAACUUCAGACAUUUCAGAAAUUGUCACAUUGAAAGAUCAAUUAAAUCAGAAAACUAUACAAUACAACAACUUGCGGGACACAUAUCAGAAACAAUUUGCAGAGAAUCUGAAAAUGAAACAAGAGCUGAAGGAAUUGAGGAAGUCCUUAGCAAAGUAUGAAAAGGGCAAUAAACCUCCCGCACAGAAAGUUGCUUGCAUUCAAACAGAUUUUAUUGCUGAAACUGGAGAGAAACCUCCGUCAACCAAGGCAUCUAACGAAGACUUUCAGGCGCAAUCUUCGAAUGUAAAGCAGCAUCACAAUAAAAUAUCAAGUAGCAGCGUUGCUUCGACAUUAAGUUCUAUCGAACAAUGGACUGAUAGUUUAUCUGUAUCAAUGAAACCACCAGAGGCAGCUAAGACAUUACAUUCUGACGAUAGUAUAAUAUUGACAGAUACGCUAACACCGAGAAAAAAUUCACGCACGUUAUCUCAUGCAUUUAUAACUUCAUCUCGAAUUUUACAAACUCUUUCAAAUAUUACACAAGGGAAAACAAAGCCAGAAAGUCCUCUAGUGCAAAAUACGAAGAAAAGGUUAAAUGAAAACACAGUGACAGACUUGCAGAAUGAUGAUGACAAUUACUCGAAUCGACCUUCCAGUUCCAAAAAGAGAAAAAUUACGGAUGUCCUUGGACCAUCUAACUUUUUACAAAAUUUUAAAGCUUCCCAAAAUGCUGUGGAAUCGAAAUUAAAUGAAACGCCUAACGCAGAAUCCCAGGAUAAUUCAUGUAACAUUAAUAUAAGUCAGUUAGGAACUGCAACGCCUGUAGAAAGCAAAAUUGAAGAUGUUAAUGAUCCAGAGGAUAACGUAAAGUGCUUUGUAUAUCACGAGAAUGAAAAUAGCGCAGAGCGUAGCUUCCUAAUUCAAGCAGAACAGCCUGUAAAAGACAAGAUUGUUAAUGAAAAAACACGCACUCGAGAAUGUGGUCCAUUCUUACUCGGUAAUGUGGAAGUAAGAAUGUCUGAGAUAAACGGGACUAUCAACAUUUGGGGCAAGGAGAUCAAUGAGGAAUCCAUAACUGAGAACGAAAAUGAAAUGGAAACGUCUAUUAGAAUGAAAAGCGACAAGAAGUGUUAUUGCUGGCAAAAGACAAGAUUCAACGGCAGUAAUAUAGUGUGUUCAUCAAGUAAAAAAUCAAAAGUACCAGCUAAGUUGGAGAUGAGUUCGGCUACGUCUAAUAUUUCGUGUUCGCAUUCAAUGUCAUUUAGUAACACGCCGAAACCACUCUGUACAAUGGAUAAUAUACAUGCGGACAGUGCGAGUAGUCCAAACGUGUGCGUUUCCACUUGUGAAGACUGUAAUUCCUCAAAGCAUCGUAAAGAAUGGCUGAAGUACAAGCGAAUACAUCCUGAAGAAAAAUCACAUUCCUGCUGUACUCAUGAUGUAGAAACAUUAUCAGGGCACAAAUGCAAUUGUUUUUCACAUAAAGAAAAACCGAAGUUCGAAGAUAGUUGUAACUGUGGUAAAGAUAAAUGCAGUGUCAAGGAACAUCGACAAAGCUUUUCGAACAAUUUAACGCCUAAGCAUUUAAAUGAAAAUUUCAAUCCUGUCGUAGAAGAUAAUGAACAUACAUGCGGAUACCAUAUGGCAUGCCAUCACUCGCUACACGAUCCAAGAGAUAAUUGUCUAGAGGAUAAUAAGCAUUGUAAUACAUCGAAGGAAGCUUCCUUAUGCGAGCAAUUAAAAAUGAAUACAGAUCAAGAAUGUAAUGGAACAUGUAAUUAUCAUUCUUCCAACGUAAAUGAAGAAGAACCAUUAUUAGUGCAUAAACAAUGUAACGAAACCUCAGAGACACGACGACGUAGAUUAAGCGGAAAAAAAGUACGCAAUAUUUUAAUGGACUUUUUGCGAGGAUGUGGAGAUUGCUAUAAUCCUAACGCACCAAGUACCAGUAAAGGCUGUUCACACAAGAAGGAGGUACCCUACUCGACGAGUUGUUCUCCCCAAAUCAAAAUUUCGCCGUGUGCACCUGUAGAGCCGUCAUGUUCCAACUCAGGACAAUCUGCUGGAAGGUGCUGUCACGCUUAUGCACAGCGAAUUGAAUCUCAACUGGAAGAAUUUCGAGUGGAAAUGGAGAAGGUGCGAUCGCGUUCGGAUGCUAUUCUUAAUAUGCUCAAUAUGCUUCAUUCAGUGGACAACUAACGGAAUUCAUCUGGAUGUUAACUAUACCUAUUGCAUAUGUACAUAUAUCAUAUUCCUGUUGUUUUAAUUUCUUUUUAGUCGACUCUUGCGUUUUUAUCAUAUGCCAGAUUCUCUAAUUUACUUGCAUAUAAAGAGCAUACAUACAUAGU